CGUGCACAUACAGGAGGCUCUGCAGCCGAGUAGUCGCCACGCGCCUGCGCCGACAGCUCAGUCAUUCGCCAGUCGCACGCCGUCCAGAGAGCAGACAAGGUCACAGCUCGGCAAACAGUCCAUCCCUUAGACGUGAGCAAAGGGAGGGGGAGUUCGAGGUUCCACGGAAGAAAAUAAAUGCCUGUUGCAACGCGAAUACGCUUGGUAUGGCGUAGGUGGAGCGACGUGUGGAGUGCUUCUUCAGAGGCUGGCACUUCUUCGCGUCACAGCGCCGCGAGUGAGCCUGCAAAGGCGGCCCAGGAACAGGCGAGCUGAGUGAAUCAGAGCCCCCGGCUGAGCACCGGGCUCGCCGCAUUACACAAAGGAGAAAGCCGGCGUCUCCUGUCAAGCAUCGGGCUCAGUUAUAAUGUUACUGCCUUUGUUUUUGCCCCUCAUCGGGGCCUUGACUGUUAAGGGCGACUUCUUCCAGCUGGACAGCCUCUCGAACAUAUCGAGAUACUACCUAAAUUAUGUCUACUGUAAUAUCUGGGAGGAGGAGUGCCAGUCGCAACAAGAGGAUCCCACCAUCCAAGUGCCCACUGGAGAUUUUUGGUCUUUGCUUACCGCAGAUUAUAUUCAAGUACUGUCUGAACUGUACUGCAGCUUUGGUCAGUGUUGUGAUAACGGAGACUGCAGAAUUCUCAAUAAUGUUACAGGUCUGGAGAAAGAUUUAGAGGAAAAGUUACAUGGACAGCAUUUGGCAAAGGAGGUGGUAGUAAAUGCAGUAAGAGGUUUUUUAAAGAAUUCCAUGCCAGAUAAAGCUCUGGCCCUUUCAUUCCAUGGAUGGUCUGGUACUGGAAAGAAUUUUGUGGCACGCAUGAUUGCAGAAAAUCUGUAUCGUGGAGGUGUGAAAAAUGAAUGUGUCCGCUUGUACAUCGCACCCUUCCAUUUCCCACACGCAAAGCUUCUGGAUGUGUAUAGGGUACAAUUAAUGGAGGGAAUCAAAACUACAGUUCAAAACUGCCAGCAAGCCCUCUUCAUAUUUGAUGAAGCAGAGAAAAUGCACCCUGGCCUCCUGGAUACCAUCAAGCCAUACAUGGACUAUUACGAUAAUGUUGAUGGAACUGAUUUCAGAAAGUCCAUCUUCAUCUUUUUAAGUAACAUAGGUGGAUCUGCAAUCAACGAAUUGGCCUUGGAUAUUUGGCAUUCUGGACAGGACAGAGAAGAUAUUGCCAUGGAUGAUUUGGAACCAAGGCUGCGAAAUGAUGUACUAGAAUCACAGGGUGGAUUUUCACAGAGCCGGCUGGUUUCAGGAAACCUGAUUGAUUUCUUUGUGCCCUUUCUUCCAAUGGAAUACCGACACGUUAAACUAUGUGCUCGUGAUGCUUUCCGGGCUCGAGAAGUUGACUACACGGAACAGAUGUUGGAUGAGGUAGCAAAAGGGAUGGUGUAUUUUCCAAAAGAAGAAAAACUGUUCUCUACUCAGGGCUGCAAAUCUGUUCCUCAGCGAAUUAGCUUCUUUUUGCCAUGACCAUCCUUACAAAUAGCACUUUGCCAUGCGACACGUUUUCCUUAAUUUUUGUAAGGAAAAGCUCCAGGCCUUUUUUUCUUUAAGGUGUUUUUAUUUGGAUCUGGCUCUAAGCUAGAAUGGUGGGUCAAUUUGAGUUCUACGUACUUUCACCAAGUUGACUGUUGCAGGGGUACAAAAAAUUGUGUAGUGUUUACACAAGCAAAGCUAUAUUUUAAAAAUAUAAAGAGAAGAAUUCUUGAAUGACUGAGGGUAACAUUUCUGCCCUGUGGAUCAGGACGGAGUAAAAAUCAGCCAGAAGCAAAAAGAUGUAAAAAUUGGCUGUUGGAUGAAUUCAACAAAGUCGUGGAAAAUGUGACAUUGAUACAUAAUGAAGCCACCAUGCUUAAAACUUUAAGAGUUUCCAUCAAGUACCGUUUGAGGCAGUUAUAGCAUAACCACAAUGUAAUUCAGAGUCCAAACUGUUUUAUUUGGAGCAUGAAUUAUCAAUCCCCUUUUUAUGAAUUAUUUAUUUUAUUUUUAUGUAUUUUUAUGCAAAUGAAUGCAGAAAUGAAUGAAUAAGUAGGUUAGUAAGUGCGUAACGAGUAUUUCCUUGGCAUUGACACACUCUUGUUGUUGGCAACUAAAUCCAAAAUGAAGGUUUUGCGUUGUCACCUUACUUUUAUAUUUGCUAUCAUAUCAUGUUCCCCGGGAAUUCUGUUUUUACUCCCUCAUCCCAAAGAUGUGCCUGUUAGGUACAUUGGACUUUUAUUAAGUGUGCCCCACAACGCAGAACUGGAUAAGCAGGUUUCAGUGUGUAUGGAUGGAUGUGAGGAACCAUAAAUUGUGUGCACGUCCUCUAAUGAAGCCUUAGGACAUUCCCUUAUUUGGUUUUUGCUGCGGUGUCUGUAGCAGCGCAAGUUUCUUGUAGCAGGCGGUUGGUUUAAACAGAAGAACACGUAUGCCAGGCAAAGUCACUCGGCCGAACACCAGGUUAGCCUCGAAGAUUGGGAUACUGCAGGAGUUUUAACACCAAGUCAAAACUUAAUAGGGCUGCCUCUCCAUUUUUAAUAUUUUAUAAAGAUCAACACUCUUUUAACUGGGUGGCACAGUGGUAGCGCUGCAGCCUCGCAGUUAGGAGACCCGGGCUCGCUUUCUGGGUUCUCACCGUGUCUGUGAGGGUUUCCUCCCACAGUCCAAAGACAUGCAGGUUAGGUGCAUUGGUGGUCCUAAAUUGUCCCUAGUGUGUGCUUUGUGUGUGCCCUGUGGUGGGCUGGCACCCUGCCUGGGAUUUGUUCCUGCCUUGCGCCCUGUGCUGGCUGGGAUUGGCUCCUGCAGACCUCCAUGACCCUGUGUUAGAAUAUAGUGGGUUGGAAACUGACUGACACUUUUAAUUACAGUAAUACACAUGGACACAGCUAUGUUUAACUAAUUAUGAUUAAUUCCAGUCGGACAAGAAUGAACGCUGUAAGUGGAAUGCACUAGAGCGGCCAAUUGAGCUGAAAUAAAUGCAUGCAGCUGGCGCCCUGCCUAGGGUUUGUUUCCUGCCUUGCGCCCAGUGUUAGCUGGGAUUGGCUCCAGCAGACCCCCGUGACCCUGUAGUUAGGAUAUAGCGGGUUGGAUAAUGGAUGGAUGGAUAAAUGCAUGCAAGGCACUAUAUGUUUAAGUGCAGCACCAAUUGCUUUAAAUCACUGUUGACUUUGCUUUAAUACUGGACUCACUCUGCGUUUAGUUAUUUUAGAAACAUCACAAGUCCACGUUCUCGAAAUGCUUUAGAGCUGCUUUUAUGUUUUGUCCCAAGAUUUUUUUAUUUAGGCAAGUAAGACACAAAUAUUUUGAGGCAGUGUUGUUAUACUCUAAUCAGUGGCGACGUGUGACAUGUUGAUUAGCACACGCAAGUAAGGAUUUACACAUUGACAGUAAUAACCCUAGUGACCUACACGAGGCAUAGCCACAUAAAGCUGACGGUAUAAAGUAGAUCUGCCACUCCUAACAAUUAUAAUAAUUAGUUUAAUUUAUAUAAUGCUUUACUAGCUGCUCAAAGCACUUUACACAGACAGAGGGGAACCCCCCCUAAUGUGUAGCACCCCCUGGCCAUUACUGCACCAGUACGCUUACCACACAAUAGCUAUUAGGUGGUGAAGGGGUGAGAGACAUACAAGUAGCCGAUUAGAGACAGACCAUGAUAAGGUGGGCCAGAAUGGCUGGUUUCACUCAAACCGUAUGAUGUUGUGGCCGAUGUGUUAAUACUGACGCAGUUUAUCAAAACCACAUAUUGACGUUGCAAGUUAUCUGGAGGCCAAGCUCAGCAGUAAUUGGUAUUUGCAUAAUCAACUUUUCUUUCUCAUCCUGACUCUUCAGCUUUUACUUCUCUAAAUUGGUGUAUCCUCGGUAUUGGACCUUUUCAAGUCAAAAAUGCUCAGAUUAUGUGAGUAAUAUACCCUUUUGCACUGAGCCGACCGGCUGUUUGUAUCUGGUAUCUGAGUAAUAGAAAAUUGUGCAACAUUUCAGAGUGAAGCCUGCUUGUCCGUUCUGUUUUUAUUUUUUUUUUAGAAAACAAGAUUUGUUUAUUGUGAGGUUUUGGUGCCAGAAACAGCAGAAGGCAUCAAAGUAUUUACUACUUUAACCAGGCAGCUCAUAAUCAAUAUCAAGAUAUUUUUAAGCAAUCUUAAAUGCAAAAUCAUCAGUGUUCUUCUCACUACGUAUGCAACUAAUUUGUCAAUAUUGUUUACUCUUUUUCUGUGAGUGUUUCACCAAUGAAGUCUGAAUUAGGUGGUGGUAGCAUCUGUAAAGUGCUCUGAGUGGAUAAAUGGUGUACAAAAUAUCAAAAGAGCAGGGUAAAGGGUCGCAGUCAUCCCUGUUUAUUAAUAAGCAUGCCAGUUUCUCCAAAAAAAUCAAAAGUUGACCACUAGGGUCAGUGGUGGGCGCUGUGGUCACUCGAGAUGCCGACUUCCAGAGUCGUCCGAUUUUAAAUGGAGAGACUUUUCGUUUGGAGGCGUUGGCCUCAGUAGUCUUCCUGUCUGGAAUGUUCUUCUCUGAUGGUGAAAGUUGUUAGAAACGGCACUACCUUGAUCUCCAUUUCUCAAAAAUCCCUAAGCGCAUGUCUGUCGAUUAUUGGUUUUUCACCUUUAACAAGAAACCCAUUGUGUUGAUAUAUACCUGCGUUUUUAUCGAUGAAAUAAAUGUUGGUGUUUUCAUUGUGGAUCUGUCCACAUGACACUUUUUGCUGUUAUACUAGCAAUAUCAAGUGUUGCGCAAAUAGGAUGCUAGCGACAUCGACAUUUUCACGUCUCUUUUUUUGCUCUUUAUUUCGCCUUAUACAGUUUCUUGUAUUAGGAAUUUGUUAGUUUUCACAUACCCCUUGGGGUCAGAGCACAGGGUCAGCCAUUGUACAACGCCCCUGGAGCAAUUACAGGUUAAGGGCCCAGCAGAGUAGGAUCUCUUUUGGCAGUGACGGGGAUUCGAACCGGCAACCUUCGGGAUACCAGUGCAGAUCCUUAGCCUCAGAGCCACCUCUCCGGUACAAGUUUUAGGGUACAAGUUUAAUUUAUUUUUAGAAUGGCAGAGGAAGAUUGCAUGAAGUAUGAGGCUUGCUGAAGACGAGGUUAGAAUUGUUCGGCACGAUGGCACAGUGGUAGUGCUGCUGCCUUGGGUUCUUAUCUCAGGUGUUCCCUACUUGGACUGUGCAUGUUCUCCCAGAGUCCAAAGGCAUGCAGGUUAUGUAGAUUGGUGAUGCUAAGUUGGCCCUUGUGUGUGUGUUCACCCAACAAAGAAAGGGAAAAGUUUUUUUGUGGGUAACAGACAUGACAGUGUUUCCCAUAGAAUGGGAGCCAAUGGUGACCAACAACUUGCAAUGACAAACAAUUAAGGGAUGUUCCUGCCUUAAGCCUGGUGCAUGCUGGGAUAGGCUGUAGCUUCUCCAUGUAUAAGGGGGUAGACUGACAGAUCAGAGUCUUUAUUUCAGUCUUAGUUUAAUUGAUGAUACAUCUCAAUAUUUGUUCCAGGGAGUUUUUAUAAAAGUCAGACUUGCUGAAUAUCUACAAACCGUUUGAAGAGUUUAUAACACAAACAUACGCCAUACUUAACUAACAGUUAGAAAAGCACUUUGUGCAUCACAAAUGCGUAUUAUUUUUUCUUUAAAACUCUUUGAGGGCUGAAUAUUUUUUCCAAAAAACAAUGGUUUCACACAGAAAUCAACAUAAAACAUCUGUUGCUGCAUGCUGUGGCUGCCAGUUUGCCAAGAAUGUGCAUCAGGCUCUCUUUGCGUGGCUGGGAGAAAGUCGCAGUGCAUUGCAAUCUGGUUUCUACCUCUUAUCAUUGUUAAGUGGCAGUCCUUCCUGGCAAAUAAUGUCAGUACAACAAUUAGCUGGGAACCAAUCAUCUGAAGCUGGAACCUCACAUUCAUUUUCGAUCACUUGUGUCAAAAUCUGAGUCUGACAAGUCAUAGUCCAGUUCAGAGAUAAUAGGCAAAACGUCGUCCACGAAGUAUUGUGCUUUACGCAUUCGCUUUGAUCUUUCGCAAAAUGUCAGUGCCAUUUUUGCCGUUGUUUGCGCCUUGCUACUCAUGCGAGUGCAGGAAAUCUUGGUCAUACCAAUGAAUCUAACUUUCCUUCUCGCAACGAGAGUCCAACUAAAACAUAACGGGUGGUUUUGUCACAGUUUACAGUCGAUUAGCAUCGUCAACUCCAAGUCGACAUCAGCCCUGAAAGAGUUAAAAUCAGAGCGAACCUGAUGCUCAGCCACCUAAAAUGCUUAUGUCAAUGCAAUUUGCCACCUCCUCUGACAAUGAGGAUAUAGCUGUGUUAUUAAAUUUAUUUCACUACCAAAGGUACUCCUGCAGAAAUCCAGUCUGCAAGUCGAAACUAUCAUAUAGAUUUGUUUCCAUUUCUGUUUCAAUUGCAUGUUCAAUCCACUAAAGAGCUGCUUCAUUUUUGUGGAAAUUAGGAUUGGAGGCAAUUUAAUCUGUGGAUUUCUGUUCGUGACGCCAUUCAACUUGACAUGCAAUGCACAUGACAGAUUCUGUGACUGUGCUUAGGUUUUAUUUAUUUCAACUGUUCUUGUUGUAUAUAAUGAUUCAUUUUAUGAAAACCUGUAGCUGCAUCUGGUUCCUCUAGGAAGUCAUUGUAAGGUGUAUGUGUGUACCGGCAGGCAGUCCCCGUUUGUUACAUUCCUGUAAAUGCAAUGAAACACAAGUCUUUAUUAUUUAAUACAACAAGUGAUCUGAAUUUGCAUGUCUGUAUCAUGUUUGCUUAUUUUGUUGUUCUUUUUGGAGAGUUGGCUUGAGGUAAAGAUGUCUGUUUAAAGAAUGAGCAGUACUAACUUGAAGGUAUAUUUAUGUUUAUAUGCUUAGCAGAGGAAUUUUUCCAAUGGAGGCCAACAUAUUUGAGUAAACUGCAGUCUGGGAACGAGUGUGACAGGCCAUGGAGGAGAAAAUCGAUCAUCCCAAGCGAAGGUAGAGCUCAGAACAAAAUACAAGUCCUAGAUCUACAAAACCUAGCAGCUAAUAUAAUUUAGACCAGGGGUGCCCAAUUCCGAUUCUGGAGGGCCACAACGACUGCACGUUUUCAUUCUAACUCUUACCCUAAUCAGUGACCAGUUUUCAUUGUUAAUUAACUCCUUUUCCCUUCAUUUUAAUAGCCCUGUUUUUAAGGAUUCAGUCCUCUGAAUUGAUUCUUUUGAUCAUUAAAUGGCAGCCAAACAGAAAUGAGAUGUGAAACGAGCCAACAGUUGACCAGCUAAAUUGGGGCUUCAACCUCCAGCCAGUUUCGUUCCAAUCUAUUACUUAAUGAGAAGCCGAUUGUUGCUGUUAAUUAAACCCGUUAUUUAAUUCCAUGGCUUGUUGCUGCUCUCAUUCUGCCACAGCAGACAUUUCCAAAACUUGAUUUUCUUGUUGGGGUGGCACGGUGGCGCAGUGGGUAGCGCUGCUGCCUUGCAGUUAGGAGACCUGUGGUUCGCUUCCCGGGUCCUCCCUGCGUGGAGUUUGCAUGUUCUCCCCGUGUCUGCGUGGGUUUCCUCCCACAGUCCAAAGAUAUGCAGGUUAUGUGGAUUGGCGAAUCUAAAUUGGCUUGGUGUGUGGGUGUGUGUGUCCUGCGUUGGGUUGGCACCCUGCCCGGGGUUGGUUCCUCCUUGUGCGCUGGGAUUGGCUCCAGCAGACCCCCAUGACCCAGUGUUCAGAUUCAGCGGGUUGGAAAAUGGAUGGAUGGAUGGAUUUUCUUGUUUUUAAUUAACACCGUCGAAACGUUUUGGUGAACACCGCAGAUCAACCUUACGGAGACGUUCACCUUUCCGAUACUGUGUGAUGGGCACAGGUGAGGUGGUCAUGUGGUGGCUUGUUUUGUGUCUCAUUGUUAUUUGGCUGCUAAUUUAGGAAAAAGAAACAAAGGGUCUGAGUCAAGUUAAUUAAUGUUAAGGCAAAAGAACUUAAUUAGCAGCAAAAACUGGUCACUAAUUAAGAAGAUGGUUAGACUGAAAACCUGAUGCCACUGAGGCCCUCUAGGACUGGAGUUGGACACCCCUGAUUUAGACAGAACUUCACCAAACAAAAGAGUCUGUAAACACUUCUUGACCACAUUGAGGGAGUUCAAAGUUCAAAGGAAGGUGGGCAGCUCAUUCUAGUGUGGACUGAGAUUUAGUACCGUGCAGAGGUGGCAUCACCAGACCAGAGUCGUCAAGAGUAGUCAUUAUAGGCUUGAGUAAAGCCACACCAAAGCACAAAAUGUCUGCCGUAUUCUUGAAUGUUGUCACAUAAUACAAUGUUGGUCAGUUCAUGUAAAAUCCAAGGAAUACCAUUUAUUUAUAAUAGUUAAAGGAAUACUCCACCCAAAAGUGAUUUUUUUGUAUAUGUUACUCACCCCAUGUAGUUCGUAGUGAUGGUCAAGAAAAAUGUGAAACCUUCUGCCUUAAUGGAGAACAGAGACCACAGCGUUUCUGAUAGAAUGGGAGCCAAUGGUGACCCACAGUGAACAACAGCAAACAAUUAGAGGAUGUGCCAACGUUGAGCCUGGUGCUCGCUGGGAUAGACUCCUGCUUUCCCAUGAUCCUUCUCAACAUAAAGGGGUUUAGAAAAUGGUUGAAUAGUUGAGAAUGUUAGUUUUUUUUUUUCAGCUUUAGUUGGCUUGAUGACAUAUUUGGAUAUUUGUUCCAGAUUGCUUUUGUAAAACCUACUGAGUCAGAUGUAUUGGAUAUCUACUAAUAAAAGUAGAUGAAAUCGUAGAGCUUACUUAACCAAGAGUUAGAAAAGCACGUCGUGCUUCAAAACGCCUAAUUUUUUUCCUUUAACAUCAGAGGGCACCUGAUGCUCGGCCACCUACGUCAAUUCAAGUUGCUGCCUUCUGUCGCACGGAGGAUGGAGUUGUGUUAUUACGUUUAUUUUACUAGCAAAGGUACUGCUUCCAUUUCUACCUCAAUUGUACGUGCAUUUAAAGAGCUGGUCUUUGUCCUGCUGAAUUUGUGUGGAGGUUUGGAUGGAGACAAUUUAAUCUGUAGAUGCAGCGCAAUAUUGGAUUUCUACUCAUGACACCUUUAACUUCAUGUACAAAACGUGACAUGUAGUUUGUACUGACGGGCGAUUUUAAUUUCAAGUUUUCAUGGAGAUAACAAAGUUUCUGAUUGGAUUGGAGUGAUGGAUAACAGCAAAGCAUAUCAAAAUCUAAAGGCUAGAAAGUUAACAUUAAUGUACUCGUAGGAUUCUUAACCAAUGAAUGAGGGAGAGGGGCGGGUCUUCAAUUCAAAAGCGUGACCCAUAUGUUGGUCUACUUUCAGAUUUAUUUAUUUAACAUUGUUUUAGUAAAAAAAAAAAAAAAAAAAAUACAUGUGGUUUGCAAGUUAUGAGCAUACAACUACAGUAGAUGACCACACCAGCAAUGUGACAUUUUUAACUAUUAGCGGUUGUCCAGCGUUGGUCACCAUAGACAGCUAUUCUAGCACAAGCUUUGUUAUCUCUGCUCUCUAUGAAAAUACAACAUUUAAAAACUCUUCUUGGCCAUCUAUAUUACUACACGACAGUUAAUUUAUGCACAGCGGACGCACCGAAGCGCAUGCGCACUGCGCCCCAGAGUCAAACGCUUAUGCACGGUGGACGCGGCGGAUGCACCGAAGCGCAUGCGCAUUGUGGCGCGGCACCCCAGAGUCAAAUGCAGCGGCUUCGCUUUAGUUCAAAUAGGGUUAUUGAAUUAAAUGGAAACUUUACCAUGCCUACGACCUGUGAACUAAACUUGAGGUAAAGCGUGCACGCCAGAUUCUACAGCCGCCCGAACGUGACCGCCCACACCACCACAUAUACGACGACACAGCCAUAAAAAAACAAAAACGAGACUGUAUGAAGAAAGACAAUAACAGAAGCGCAUUGACAUGAAGUGUCCCACGACGCACCCACCCUCCAUAAUAUUUCAUCACGAAGCGGCUUCCCACCGAGGCGCACGCCCCAGAGUCAAACGCAGCGGCUUCCCAGAGUCAGUAGGUGGCGCCCACACAACACAACCUGUACACUACACUUGCUCUAAUCCACUGUGCCAGUGAUAUAGAUCACAUAACAGUCACAGACUCUAACCCAGCGGCUUCCCAGACUCAGUGCCUGGCACACGGACACCACAACCUGUAAACUAAACUUGCUGUGCUCCACUCUGCCAGCAGUCAGUGUCAGCAAAGGCAACAGAAUCAUGUCUCCACAAAACGAAACCGCCUUAGUACAGAUAUGCUUAUUUAAUUAAAUGACAUUUCUCCAAACGCACCCACCCUCCAUGAUAUGUCAUCCAUCCAAAUCUCGGACGGAACAGAAACUGAUUGCCAUUCUUGGAUUUACGAUUCUCUAGAGAAUCGCGGGCUUACUUGUCACUACAAAUUACGUGGGUUAAGUAGCACCUAAGUAAUGCUAUUUUUGGGCGGCGUAUUACUUUAAAGCCAGGGUCCCCAACUCCGGUCCUGGAGAGCCCCAGUGGCUGCAGGUUUUCUUAACCGGUGACCAGUUUUUGCUGCUAAUUAACUCCUUUUCCAUUCAUUUUAAUUGACUUGUUUUUGAAGAUUUGUUCCUCUGAAUUGCUUCAUUUUUCUUUCCUUAAAUGGCACCCAAACAGAAAUGAAACAUGAAGUGAGUGAGCCAACAGAAGACCAGCUAAGUCAGGGUCUCAAACUCACACCAGUGGCUUCAUUAGGCGCCGAUUCUUGUCGUUAAUUAUAGUAAUCCCUCGCUAUAUCGCGCUUCGACUUUCGCGGCUUCACUCUAUCGCGGAUUUUUUAUGUAAGCAUAUCUAAAUAUAUAACGCGGAUUUUUCGCUGCUUUGCUUGAUUCUGCGGACAAUGGAUCUUUUUAUUUCUGGUACAUGCUUCCUCAGUUGGUUUGCCCAGUUGAUUUCAUACAAGGGACGCUAUUGGCGGAUGGCUGAGAAGCUAUCCAAUCAGAGCACGCAGUUAAGUUCCUGUGUGCUGAUUGGAUGAGCGACGGAGCACAGAAUUCGAUUCCACUGCGUUAACCAGGAAGUCUUGUCUCGCUCAUUCAGCAUUAACGUGCUCCUGCUACUGCUUCAGGGGCCGUGCCCAAGUGCCAACAGAAGAUGCUAACGAUUUCCGAAAAGGUAAAAGUUUUGGAUAUGUUGAAGGAAGGGAACAGCUACACCGCUGCAGGACGCCAUUACGUCAUCAAUGAGUCCACAAUUCUUUUUUAUUUAAAAAGGAGGAAAAUAAUAUAAGAUCUAUGGCCACAGUGUCCUUUAACCAGGGCGCAAAACGAGUUGUAAGUAGAUGUAAUAAGGCGGUAGUCCAGACGGAAUCUGCUUUAGGGAUUUGGAUUGAAGAACAACGGCGGUGCUACACAGUCGCCUGAAGAGGCUCCUUUAGAAGAGCUGUAACGCUCUCCUUUGUUGUGCAGUAAAAUUAAACUCAUUGUUAUCGGACAAGUCGUAGUGUCAUUGUUGGUGAGUAACAUAAUUAAUUUUCUACGUACUGUACUUAGUACAUGUACAUAGUUUAGUGUCACUGUACACACAUUUUACUGUAUACAAUUUUUCUUGCAUUGUACGUAUUUAUUGCUGGUGGCCUGUCUAUCAUAAUGGCUGUAACAUAUGUGAUAUCGGAGACGCUCGAUAUCUUUAAAAUAAUAUUUAGGUUUUACUGUAUAUAAACAGUGUGUUUACAGUACAUACAUAAUUUCAAUGAAUCUUACCUAAUAUGUAAGAGAAUACAAAGGGUUUAUGCUGUAUAACUGUGUGGGAAAUGUUUAUAAGAGUGUGGGAGAGUUUAUAAGGGCUUAAAAUAUUUAAAAAUAACCAUAUGAACAUUUGGUUUUUACUUCACGGAUUUUCACCUUUCUGGAAUGCAACCCCCGGGGUCGAGGAGGGAUUACUGUAAACCCGUUCUUUAAUUCCAUGGCUUGUUGCUGCUCUCAUUGUGCAAUAGCAGACAUUUCCAAACUUGUUGAUUUUCUCUUUUCUAAGAGUGCCGUUAAAAUGUUUUGGGGACCUGAGCAGAGCAACAUUCCUAAGACCUUCACCUUUCUUUAUUUUCUGAUAUUGUGUGAUGGACACCAGUUGUUUUGGCUCAUUUUGUAUCUCAUUAUUGUUUGGCAGCUAGUGAAGGAAAACGAAACAAUUCAAGCGCAAGUCAAUUCAAAUGUGGUGAUCGCCAAGGUCGGUUACUGUUUGGUACUUUUCUCAGAGGUUGGCAUUUGUGAAACUGAAAUACAAAUUUAAUUAUAAUUUGUCCAUAGGAUUUGUGUGUAAUGAGCUCACAACACUGGACGGUGAUGAGCUCCACCACAUUGGUUUACAGGAAAGUGAAGAGAAAAAUAGUAACAUUGCAUUUACUUGACAUAAAUCACGGACUGCCUGUUUGUUUUUAUAUACUCUAUACAUUUAUGUUUUUUUUUUAUUUUGAGAUUUUUCAGCUUUCUUCAGCAACUACACAAUUUGUAAUGUACUUGACCUUUGCAUACUCUGUAAACUGUUUUUCACUUAUGUAAUGAUUAAUAAAACGGAAUAAUCCUAAUAAUGCAAA